UACUGAGUUUGUUUGCCGUGCAUGUGUGCUGGACACAGCCCAGACAGCAGCAAAUCAGCUGCUCACACAAUCUCCCUCAGGAAGAAUGUGUUUCACACUCGGUCUCUCUCUCUCUCAUCCAGUCUAUUCCCUGUUAGAGAUGCACUGAUAAGCCGCUGGCUGGAGUGGAAGACUUGUGCACAGGGAACACAGAUGCUCUACAUGUAUUAAACGGGGACACACACACUCACUGUAAGAUGCCAGCUCAUCUGAGCCUGGCAGAGCAGGAAAGUGUGUGGAGGAAGACGGCAAGGACAGCAGAGCUGGGUCUCGCUGCGAUCUCGGAGAAGGGACGGAUGAAGAUGUGCGACACUGCGAGGAAGCAGAGAGAUUCCAGAUCUGAUGUGAAAACUGAUGUGAAACCCAUAGCCCUGGAGCAAAAAAGAAAAGCAUGUGCUCCACUGAACAUUAAAUCAGCACAGAUUAAUAUCAACACACGAAAUGGAAAUAACACAGAGUCAAAUGCGCUAAAAGUGGAUGAGAGACUGCGAUUGGCCCGUGAACGGAGAGAGGCGCAUCAAAAACAGCUGGUGCUGCGUGAGCACGGCUGGCUGGCAAAGGAAGAGAGGGCCAAGCAGUUCUAUGAGAAAAACCUUGAGGAUCGACGGAAGAAGUUGGAAGAGCAGCGACAAAGAGAGGAAAGGAGGAGGAUGGCGGUCGAGGAGAAACGCAAACAGAGGCUCAAAGAAGAAAGAGAGCGUUAUGAGUCUGUGGUGCGGAAGACGAUGGAGAAAAGUCAGAAGGCCAAACAGAAACCUGGUCACUGCUCACGAAGUGUCACCAAGAACAAAAUCAAUAAUGCUAAACGCCGCUCUCUUAGUCAGUGGGAGAUUGACCUUGUCCGCCGUCUUCAGACUCCUACCAUCUCUUAUCUAGCCAGAAGCAGGAGCGCUGUGUGUCUGUCACGAGACACAGUUGUUCCUAUUUGUCAUCGUUCAGCCUCAUGUCAUACCAUGAACACCAGCACCACGCGAAAGCCCCAGGUGCAUUGUGGGAAAGUGCCAAACAGGCUUGCAAGCUCAAGUCCAAAUCUCACCAUCCGCAGAACCAGGUAAAAAUACACGGUGGCAAAAGGCGAUUUUGAGGGACAGGGCUUGAAAAAGCCACAACUACAAGCAACAACAAAUGAAAUCAAGCCCAAACAGCACACAACCCCACCAGAGAAUACUGUCCUCCCUACAUCAUGGCUGCAGUACAGAUCACAUGUCAGACAAGCCACACUUAAACAAGACAGUUUGCCUCCACUGCCAGAAGAGGAGGAUCUAGAAUCGGACGAAACACUUGCUCAACAAUGUCUGCAAGAUAACCAACGCCAGUCGAAUCCUGCUACUAAUGGGCCUCCGAAUCCACCAGCAGGCCCUCAGAUUCCUAAUGGACCAAGUCAGAUUGGUGACGCGGCUCAAGUCAGACCUACAGCUUGGACUACAGAUGCAGAAGAGGCCACUUGCCUGCUGACGGAGAAAAGGAGACAAGCCCGACUCCAGAGACAGGAGGAGGAAGAGGAACACAGACUGAAGGAGGAGAUGGAGAGAAAGAGCAGAGAGGACCUGUCCCGUCGAAGAGUUGAAGAACGAGCCAGAGAGGAAGCAGAGGCCCUGAGACUGGAGGAGGAGAAGAGGAAGAGAGAGGAAGAAGAGCAAUUGAAGGCUCAAGAAGAGAAUGCUCGCAGACAGAAAGAGGAGGAAAACAGGCUUCAACAGCAGAGAGAGCAAGAGGCUCGUCAGAGACUGCUGGCAGAGCAGCAGAGACUGGAAAGAGAGAGUCGCUUCCAGAGAGAGGAGGCCGAACGCCAAGAGAGGAAAAAGCGCCUGGAAGAAAUCAUGAAAAGAACAAGACAGACAGGCUCUGAUGACAAGAAAGCUGCAUCAGUAAAGGACAACUUGCCUUGUGACAACGUGAAGUCUGUAAUCAGGCAACCAGAUCCAGGAAAAAUGCCAAAGCUGGAGCUGAGGGACGAGGAGGAUAUGCUUCCUACUGUGGCCUUCAAGGAGCGACGGUCCUUCCGCAGUCUUUCUGGCCUGGAUGAGAUACAAGCCCAUCAGCAAACCGAGGUUAUUUAACCCACGGACCUGUCUUACAAUGCCAAGAUCGUCAGAGCAACUUCAGCAAGUUUGUCUUUCUGACAAACACAAAUACAACAUAUGCACUUGAUUUCCCUGCACUUUAAUAAACCUGUAGUUUAAUAAAGUCACACUUC